AUGCCGAAAACAUACACUCUGGCCACAAAACGGGUAACGGCACCGUCGGAUGUAUUUCCAGCAAGGUCCAUUCUCGGGAUUUGCGCUUUGGGCUUCCACACUUUCCUUGAAGGCUGGUGGGAUAAAGACAUCGAUGUGUCGAUGGUUAAUGAAGACGGACAGGACUUGCUUUCAAUUGCUGCCAAACAUGGCCACCGCAGUCUCUGCUCUGACCUUGUCAACCGCGGAAGCGAUAUCAACAGAACCUUGGAAAGCGAUUGGGGGAGUGCAUUAGGUGAAGCCCUUGUGCAUGAACAGGCUGAAACAGCGACAUUCUUGCUAGAUCAAGGCUUCAACCCUGACAUCUAUAUGCCGCCAUGUGGUCGAAGCCUUCUCUGUUUUGCGGUUCAGAUGGCAGAAUGGUCAAUUGAAAUGUUUCUCAAAGCAGGAGCGGAUCCAAAUAUCCAGUGCCAGGAUUGCGCCUACGGUUGCGCAUUAGAAGCAGCUUCCCAAGGCGGAAUGAUCGACUCAGCAAAGACGUUGAUCAAAUAUGGGGCAGAUGUAAAUCUCGUACAAUCUACAGGGAAAAGGUUCGGAAGUCCCCUGGCCGCAGCCGCCUAUGGAGGAUCGCUGGAGUGCGUCAAGCUUCUCAUAAAGCACGGUGCCAGCGUGAAUGCGCAACUGAAGCGCGGUGAUUACGGCAGUCCAUUGGCAGCAGCCGCAAGUGGACCGUCGCUGGAGUGCGUCAAGCUUCUUAUCGAGUAUGGCGCCGAUGUAAAUGCACAACUAAACCACGGAAUAUAUGGCAGUGCAUUGGGGGCUGCUCUUCAUGGGUUGCCCCCUAGCAAUGAGAUUAUCAAGUACUUAGUUGAAGAGGCAGGGGCAGAUGCUAGCAUUCUAUCAUCAUGCCUAAAGUUGCUGGGCCAACUUCAGAGCAAACACGCCCUUCCAAAAGCAAGAUAUCUUGUGGAGAAAGGCCAUAUUCAGGCCAGUGUUUUGGCUGACCUCGGGCUGCAGGUAUAG